AGUUCCCUGCACAUGUUGACACAAAAAAACAUCAUACCUUACCUCACACGACAGUCUGCCACGUACACGCAGUCAUUGCAGACUAUAGACAACCACGAUCCUCAUUGGAUUCUACGAUAUUCCGAGGUUUGGUGUUUUCAGUUCAUGUUAUUAAUGCUUUUGGAUGUCUUUGCUAAUUGCUGCGGAACUGGCCGACCAAGUAAACGACAACGUCACAUUGUGUUGGUUCCUUCUUUGCAGCAAAGCCAUGCCCAAGUCUGGAUGGUUUUAUGGAUUAGCAUUAUUGGUCUUCGGAUUUUCUUGUUUAAAUGCGUCAGAACAUGCCUACCAUGACAGUAAAAAGUCUCUGUCAGAAUGCAUGUUCGGACCAGAGGACGGUGGGACGUCAACAUUUGUUAAAGGAAACGUAACAUAUCCAGUUUGCUCACCAGGCAAAUACUUCGAUAACACUACAUUAAAGUGUACCAGAUGUCCACCAAUCCACUACAUGGACGGUAGAAAUUUCUGUUCACGAUGUAAAAAAUGUCCAGUCUGCAGCACUGAAAACGAAGAAAAGAUUGAAGCUUGCCAGAAAGACAGUGACACACGCUGCCAAACAAAUGCAACAGUACCAAACAUAACAAGAAACGACGAGACCUCCAUAUUGGAUCCUAAAAUUGGGCUAAGUAGUACCCCUGAGGGUCAAGUUACACCAAGACAUCCGCCUUGCUUUACUCCAAGUCACAAACCGCAUCCACCACUUACUCUGAACCCUAUCCAUCAUGGCCUACGUAUCGACGUUUUUGUGCUGUCGACAGCGUGCAUUGCCCUUGCAGUAGCUAUGCUUUACCUGAUGAUAGAUCGACGUAAAAUCAGACGCAACGUUGGCUUGCGAGACGAACGGCCACAAGAACCCAGAAUGCAACAAAACAACGGAGAGGGUAAUGCAUUCUUAAAUGGCAGAGGGCCAAAUGAUGCAAAUGACGUUGUAUGAAAAUGGCAUCAUGGACGGCAGAACCAGACCUUCACGUUGGACACAAAGACCCUUCAGAGAGCACAUGGCGUACAGGGAUAUCAAUAUCAGAGAGGGUGCAAUAAAAUUGUUCUCUUUACCCAUCAAUGUAAUGACAAACUACUGUACUCAAUUAGAUUAGAGACAGGUUUUCGAUUUGAAUAUGUUGAGUACUGUAGCCAGUUAUCUAUGUGCAGCAGUUUUUGUUGAUAACAUUUCCAUUUCUUUGUUAUUUCAUUAGUGAAAUAAAAUGUACACUUGUAGUGUCCUAUACUCUCUACUACACGUCGAGGUCCGUUUAGCUUUAAGAUGCUGGAUGGUAAGAUCCUCUGGCAUAUGAUGGAAAGAAACAUUAUUUAUAACUGAUGAUGGAACCUGACCAGAUCUUUUACACUCGUGGUUGUGACAGCUCUGACCAUGUAACCGUUUCAUUCUCGGACGUGUAGUUAUAGCAAUAAUGAAUUCCGUACAUUACCGGUAUGAGGGUAUGUGUAAUCUACUAGUUAUAGCAUCCCACUAUGAGGAUGUGUAGGGGUAGAGCAGUUGUGGUGUAGCAAUUUUAAUAUUUCAAUAUUCAUAAAGGUGUGAUGGUAUGCGGCAUUAUCAUGAGGAGUUGUGAAUUAUAGGUAGAGUAGUUGUCAUCUAGCAGUUUUCGUAUUCCUCUCACGACUGAUGAUUGUAUGUGGCAAUGUCAUUAGGUUUUAAUGUGUAUAUGUACAGAGUUGGGAUCUAACAGCUUAAUAAUAUAUUUUCAUUCUUAAGAAUUCAAAAUAGAUUGUAAAGAUGUAUUUUUGUAUGUUAUCACAGAAAAGCAUACAGUUAUGUUUCAACCGAAAUGGUACAAAAACCGAAACACAAACUGAUUAUUUGAAUAAAAGAUGGAAAAAAGUUGUGUUAAAACUGG